AUGUCCGCUGCAAUUGACACCGUCGGCGGUACCUCCGAUCAAUCUGCGCCUCCAAGUUCCCGAUCAACUACGCCGCAGCUGUCGGCCACCGGCACUUCCUCUGAAGAUGACACCGGCAAUAGAAAGGAGAAUAUAAAGCCCCAAGAAGGGGCUGGGGCUGAGCUGAAGAUAGAAUCACGAGGACACGAAGGGCAAGAAACAUCACAAGUGGUGGAUGAUUUUGGGCUUCCUAUUCGAAUGCGCUCACCACCGAGACGGCUGCCUGACGGUUCCUCCGACGAGACCGACCAUGCCCCCGAAGUCGAAGAAGCUGCGUCGGGAUCUGCCAAUACCACUACACCCCCACCGGUCAAUCCACAAUCGAAGCACGAGACUCUGCAAAAUAGUGAUUCAGGGAAUCAACCGAAGCAGGCGACCGGACCCGACGUGGAAACCCCACAGGAGACGGCGAGGGAGGGCGGCGAGCAUUCAACAGACAAAAGGCUUGAACCCGGUGCGCCUGAUAGUGCAGCAUCAGAGAACACCCACGGCAACAAUACGGAAAUUUCAGAAUGGUCGCACCAACAUUUGGCUCAACCUCGUCAUGUGGAUGAGGACGAAGAAGAAGAAGAGGAGGAACCAGAAGAUUGGAAGGCAAUGCCUGCCCUUGGGGAAAUGGACUACUACGAUGACUAUGGACGGUUAAUUGCUCGAGGUCUCAAAGAAGAGGACGACGAAGCUGUAUACAGUGGACUGGGUGGUGCAGGCAAAGGCUAUACUCGGGUGCAGCUCGAUGAAGACGCCCAAUCUGCGACCAGCAUGGACGAGGACACUAGCUACCUUUUCCAGGAGACAACAGGAAAUUCGGCUGGGUUGGUUGGCGAAGAGCUUCGCGAUACGGUCAGUCAACUUCAAGCCACAAAGGACCUUCUCAAUGAGACACAAAAGAUUGCCUACGUAGGCGUGGUCCGUCUCGCAAUUUUUGAGAUGAACCAGGAACUCGCCAAAGUACCCACCAACAGGUCGACCCGCAAAGUCAUCUUGAAGGCGCAAGACUCCAUGAGAAAAUGGGGCCAGGCAAUGAUGGGCCGGAUCUAUAUGCACAUGGAAAUUGAUGCAGCCGAACAAAUUAUGAUCGAGCAACUUGCUGAACACGGUGUCCAGCCGGGAGAUCUUGUGCGGCCGCUCAUGCAAAAUGCGCGUGUGAAGAAUCCCAUGGCAGAAGGCGAGCCAAAAACUUCGACCUCCUCCGUCUCAUCUCCGACUGUGGAAAGUGCAUCUCGGUCCAGAAUAUCUGCCGAGACCGAGAUCUCCGAGCUUGGGUCCCCCCCACCGUAUGAUACCCAUGAAGGGGAAGAGGUGGUUCCGGAAGUCCAGACCCCCUCUCAAUUGCCCACGUCGGCUAAAAUCGACAUUGACCUUCGAUGGACAGUUCUGUGUGAUCUGUUUCUUGUGCUCAUUGCAGACUCUGCGUAUGAUGCUCGGUCGCGAACAUUGUUGGAAAGAGUUGGUGCGGCCAUGGACGUAACAUGGCUGCAGAUCUCUCGAUUUGAGAAGCGCGUGACAGAUGCCCUUGAAAUGCAAGAGCAGGCAGAAAAAGAAACCUGGGACGAAUCAGAACAUAUGGAAAAUCGCCGCCAAAUGUCUUUGAAACGUAAAUAUAUGAUCAUGGGUCUCGCCACGGUUGGUGGAGGACUGGUCAUCGGUCUAUCUGCUGGGCUGUUGGCUCCCGUUAUCGGAGCUGGCCUUGCUGCUGGAUUUACGACAGUCGGCAUAUCCGGGACUAGUGCCUUCUUAGGAGGUGUUGGAGGUACAGCUCUAAUUGCUUCCGGUGCAACGAUGACUGGAAGUGCCAUUGGGCUAAAAGCAUCACAUCGACGCACUGGCGCGGUCCAGACAUUUGAAUACCGCCCUCUACACAACAAUAAGAAGGUCAACUUGAUUGUGACCGUGUCAGGUUGGAUGACGGGCAAGGUUGAUGAUGUUCGUUUACCAUACAGUACUGUGGACCCAAUUAUGGGCGAUAUUUACUCUGUCUUGUGGGAGCCUGAGAUGCUGCGCAGUAUGGGUGACACCAUCAACAUUCUUGCGACCGAAGCAUUGACCCAAGGGUUGCAGCAAGUACUGGGUAGCACCGUUUUGAUGGCUUUGAUGGCAUCUCUACAAUUGCCUCUUGUCCUCACCAAGCUUUCCUACCUGAUUGACAAUCCCUGGACCGUCUCAUUGGCUCGUGCCAACGCCGCAGGUUUAGUCAUGGCAGAUUCCCUUCGGGAUCGGAACCUUGGGAAUCGACCUAUAACAUUACUGGGGUUCUCUCUGGGAGCACGGGUCAUCUUCUCCUGCCUUAAAGAGCUGGCCGAUAAGGGUGCACAUGGUUUGAUCCAGAAUGUGUAUCUGUUUGGCUCGCCUAUUGUGGCUAGCAAGGAUGAAUAUAUGAAAGCUCGGAGUGUUGUCUCAGGCCGGUUCGUCAACGGCUAUGCCACCAAUGACUGGAUUCUGGGAUACCUCUUCCGUGCCACAAGCGGUGGUAUUAUGAGAGUCUCCGGCCUUGCGCCUAUCGAAGGAAUCCCAGGCCUGGAGAAUUUCGAUCUCACUCAGACUGUCAAUGGCCAUAUGGCCUACCGCUCUGCUAUGCCUCGUAUUCUGAGAGAGGUUGGUUGGGAAGUCCUGGAAGAUGAAUUCGCUGAGAUUGAAGACCCGGAUCCUGACGAUCAUGCCGAACGACAAAGAGAGCUGAUUCGUGAAAUCGACGAUGCUCGCCGCGAGGCCGAGUUGAAGCCGGAGAAGAAACGAUUCGGGCUUUUCAAGCGAGGAAAGAUGGCCGAGAAAAAAUCCUGGGAAACAUAUGAUGUUGACCGUAACUCUCCCUCGCGUGACUUGACGGAAUCUUCCAGCGCACCAGGCUCUGUGCUCUUCGACAUCGAGGCCAUCCGCGCCGAGCUGGCAUCGGAGGCAAUCGAAGUUAAACAGCUUGAAUCGACUCUGCCUCCCAUGAAGUUGAAUUUAAAUGCCCCGUCCGAUCCAGCAUCCUUCCAGUCCGCGACUCCUGUUGAGAAGCCUUCCAAAUCUCCAGAGACACCCUCAGUCCCUCGCACAGUAUCGGAGCCCGAACUCAGCACCAUUCAUCACUCUUCCCAGGGUCGGAAUGAUCCAGCUCCUGCGGCUCAUAAGGACGAAGAGAUUGAAAUGACUUUUGAUACCUCGUUCCACAAGACCACACAAUUUCAUUCUGAGCCACCUUCUCGGCCCGAAUUGCACUCAUCUUCUACUAUGCCCACAGGCAUCGGCGCCAGCGCCAUCGGAGCUAUGGCCAUGGAACAUAACGCCUGGGCUGACCAUGAUCAUGAUUUGGGGCAUGGAGACGGUGAAAUCUCUAUGACCUUCGAAUAA